AUGUAUCUUCCUUUCCUCUUGACUUUUAUAUCUCAGACUGUCGCUUUCAAUGCCCCAUCCGAUGUCCCAACCUGGUGCGGAAAGCCGUACAUGAGCACAAACCACUCGUUAGAUCCAGGAGGGCAAUUCAAAUUCCCAGAACCUCAGUACGAUCCGCUACUCUAUGUAACGAUACAACCUCGAUACUCAAUUUUCCUUGAGAGUGACGAAGAAGGAACUUUCAUUAUUGAUGCCAGUAUAUCCCAUGUCUUUGGCGGAUCUUAUAAAAAUGCUACUUUUAAUACACCUGGAAGCAAUAUUAGCUCGCCUUUCACGACGCUUGAUAUUGAAAUUUACAACGAAGAGUCAGGUGACUUACUUGUCACCAAUAAGGUUCCCGUGAACUCAACUGGAAAUCUAAUUGAAUUUUCCUUUUCUUCAUUUACUGCACGAUUACAGCCUUUUGCAGUCUCGAUCCAUGCCACCUCUCCUGACGGUCAACAAACUUAUAUUGCAAGCACUAAUUUCUAUGUACUACCAUCACGUGGAUAUGGUAGUGCUGUGAAAAUUGAUAACCUCUAUGGGGGACUCUAUGUUCAAAAUGACAAAAAUGACUGGGAUGGUUGGUAUGCAAUCUUUCCAAAUGGAUAUUACGCCGACGGUUCUUAUGUAACGCCCGACAACGUCUCGCUGGCCAAUCUCGAGGCAUAUGCAGCACUCGGUUUCAACACCAUAAAUAUCGUUCCAGACGGUGGUCUUCCUGACCAAUCUUAUCCCACUGCACAACUCAUAGAGUAUUGGGAUAAAAUGGAUCAGCUGAACCUUUUCAAUCUCUACGAUAUGCGAUUCGCGUUCCAAAACUCGACACGCAUCUCGGAACAAGUAGCUCUCUGGCAAAACAGAACUACUCUCCUGUCUUGGUAUACCGCCGAUGAACCGGAUGGAUGGGCAUAUUCUCUUAACUCUACCCAAAUUGCUUAUUCACAACUUAAAUCACUAGACCCGUACCAUCCCGUCAGUCUGGUCCUCAAUUGCCAGAAUUUCUACUACCCCGAAUACUCAGCUGGUGCAGAUAUAAUAUUUCAAGACGCCUACCCGGUUGCGAUAAAUGCCACUUGGUCCAUUCCGUGGGGAACUCCUUGCAAUGAAAGUUAUGGAGAUUGUGGGUGUGAUAAUUGUGUUGGAGAACUAGAAGACGUAGCGACUCGACUUGAUGAUAUUCAAAACUAUCAAGCAAAUAUAGGACCAGGUGUUCAAGGAGGCCUAGAUAAACCUACAUGGUCAGUAGUCCAAGCGUUUGGCGAAUCGCAGUAUUGGAAAAGCAUACCGAGUGCAGCAGAAGUAGAAGUAAUGAUGAUGUUGAGCGUUAAUCAUGAUGCGAAGGGAAUUACGUAUUGGAUUUAUCCAAGUACAGAUUCUGCCAACGCUGGGAGUGCAGAUUUGGGCAAGGUGUUGCAGAAUUCAACUGCACUUGAUUUCUUGUUUGGGACGAAGGCAAUUAAAGGACUAGGAAGUGGUUUAUUAGAUGUAAGUGCGUGGAUUGUAGGAGAGCAGAUGAUGGUUGGUAUUGUUAAUGGAGAGUAUGUUGAAUCUGUAGAUGAGCUCUCGGUAAAUUUGCCGGGAAACGUGGUUUCCUUAAAUCAGACUUUGUAUGGAGAAUCGGGCUGGACGGUUAGUGAUGGCAAACUGUCGAAAUCGGGUCUGGUCGGUUUGGAAGUAGACAUUCUAGUGGUAAAUCUUAAAUCCAUCAAUACCUUUUUCGAAAAUGAUAGUGGGGGUAUUCAUAGAGAUGAACUAUGA